CCAUUAAUUUAUUCACUACCAGCCUUCAACGUCACGAGCAUGUGUCGCAUCUUCAACCUCAUCCCCAGCGCUCUAUCACAAUGCCACCUAAACGAAUGACAGCAAACCCGGUGAAACCAGCGCGUUACCGCGCUGGUAAGCCCACAGGAGCAGAGUCUGACUCAGAUUCCGACGCGAGCGAAAACGAAGAGUCUAAUGAGCCAGCGCUUCCACCUCCACCGAAAGCGACCAGCACGGGCAAAAUUUCAUCAGGCAACCUAGGAAAAGUCGACCUCGACGCUCGGAGGAAAGAAGCGGAAGCUGCCGAAGAACGGAGACUUGCCAAGGAAAAAGCCGAGCGCCUCGCUGCAGAGGAAGGUUUCGUGACAGAGGAGGAGGAAGAAAGUGAAGAGGAAGAAGACGACAAUGAGGAGGAGCAAAGUGAAUCCGAAGAAGAGAGCAGUGAGGAUGAAGCUCCACGAAGAUUAAUGAUUCGGCCCAAAUUCGUACCAAGAAGCCAAAGGGGAAACGCCAAGACCCCUGCACAAGAAGAGGAAGAAGCACGGCAGGCCGAAGAAGAGGCCCGCAAGAAAGCCGCUGACGAGCUUGUGGAAAAGCAAAUAAAAAAGGAUCUUGCCGCUCGCGCAGCAGGCAAAAAGCACUGGGAUGACGACGAGAACGAGGACUCGGACGUGGAUACAACAGACGGGCUAGAUCCAGAGGCUGAAGAAGCAGCUUGGCGCGUUCGCGAGCUCAAACGUCUGAAGCGCGCCCGCACUAUUAUCGAAGAGCGUGAAAAGGAGCUUGCAGAAGUUGAGCGUCGACGUAACUUGACCGAGGAGGAAAGACAAGCCGAAGACGAGGCUUUCCUCGCGCAACAGAAAGAGGAAAAGGAGGGCAAGGGCAAAAUGUCAUUCAUGCAGCGUUAUCUACACAAGGGAGCAUUCUAUCAGGACGAGAUGAAAGCAGCUGGUCUGGAUAAGCGAGACAUCAUGGGCAGUCGUAUCCAGGACGACGUGCGGAACCGUGAGGCCCUUCCCGAAUACCUGCAGCGUCGCGACAUGGCCAAGCUGGGCCGUAAAGGUGCAACAAAGUACAGGGACAUGCGUACCGAGGACACAGGCCGAUGGGGAGAUAUCGGCGAUGGGCGAAAGAGGGACGGCGGGCGAUUUGAGGAAGACGAGCGUUUCCGACCCGACGAUGACAGGUUUCGCCGUGACGAACGAAGCGCAGGCGGUGCCAAUGCCAUUCCUCUAGGUGACCGCAAGAGAGACGAUCGGGAUGAGAGAGAUAAUGGCCACCGAGAUCAAAGAGAUAGGGCCAGGGACACUUAUCGAUCAAGAGACGAUGGACAAAGUCGACGUAGAUCACGGUCACGGUCACGGUCACGGUCACGUUCGCCACGACGCGAAAAUGAUAGAGAUAGAGAUGAUUACCGGCGUCGUAAACGCAGUACGUCACGCGACAACGAGCGGUACGAGAGCGACAAAAGACGCAGGGUGGAUGCCAGAUGAACUCGGCCUGCUCUUGUUAUACUAUUAAUAAUACCCAAACAGCCAUGGUAUGUGCCUUGCAUUUGGCUUCUUUUUUACGUGUCUCGUGAGAUUACAUGCAGUACUGGACUCGUACCCAGCUAUGCUCUAUAUUCUGAUAAUCUCUACACGAGCACGAUCGUAUAUUUGAUGACCCAUCAUAUCUUCGCUACUCCCAUUUGAAACUGGGGGAGGAUAUAAUGCCAUUCGUGCAUAGGUACCUGCGCCGCGACGCUUAGAAAGGCAGCCAGGAUUGAUAAGGAGGACACUCUCGACGACCUGAAGUUCAGUUAGUGAGAACGAAGACAAAAAAAAGGAGCCAAGAGACAUACUUUUGCAAAUGGAGGUAGUAAACUCGGCACGACCAUGACAUCUGGCCUGACAUUCACCAUCUCUCCCAGUUCAAGAUAGCUCAAAUCUAAACCAGCACCAGUAGCCAAACCAUCUUCCGUGCCAGUUUUAGGUAACUUAGAGCGAUCUGUAGGAGGAAACAGCGGGAAGUAAUGUCGCUGCUCAACUAGAUACCGACACAACCGACUCAUGAGAUCAGUGCCAGGUUGUCCACCACCGCGAGACACAACCUCUUCCGAGCGGAGCUGGGAGAGGACAUCCUGCGAUGAGACACCAAGGACAAGUUCGUUGAUCGAAAGAGUCAUAGGGUUCGUGACAAUGCGGACCAUUUUGGGAAGGCCGAGUUCCUUACGAGGAAUCGAGUCUUGAGGCCAUGAGACAUGUUUUGACAAUACGUCGCGGACUGACGGGACAAGGAUGAUGGUGAUUUGCGGGUUUGAGGCUGCAAGGCGGUUGAAAGCGGGAGCAACAAGGUAUUUAAAUACUGUUGCCAUAGUAGCUGUAUCGGGGUCAAAAUUUGCCUCCUCAGGAAGAUCGAAAUCUCCCGUGGCAAUAAGGGGAUGAUCAAUAUCGAGGAACGGCCCUGUGAGGACAAGCGCAUCUGCAUAAGUAUCACCUGCUUGACUGCACAGUGCAUGGAGUGGCUCAAAAUCGAGAUUAUCAUCAGCGGUAUAAGGACCAGAGGCGUAGAGAAUGCUCAAAGGUGCAGGUUCUGAAUCUUCGUCCAUCGCAUCAGGACCACCACGGAACCUCCCACGAUGCCCCUCGAGUGCAGAAAGCGAAGAUGCAGCACUAGGAAGUAGAGGAACCUCGAGAACCUCCUUCACGACAAAUUCGUUCCCUGAGGCGUUGGCACCCCGAAAAGCGACGAUUUGGCCGGGGAAGAAGCUCCAUGAGCGGAUGUUGUCCAUUUUUAGCGGUACCCGCAAGCCCAUCCCUGUUCGUCUGGAGGUUUCCAAAACCAGUGAUGCAGCAUUUAGUUUUCCUUCUGAGGAGUCAGAAGCGAUACGGCCAACAGCCACGACCUCAGUUGUACUUUGCGCAGCAGCACUGCCGAAUUCGUUCUCAUCGAUCUUAUGAUGCUGCUGUAUAAGAGCCAUGAAGUUGUCGAUCCGGUCAUCGAGAAUUUCGCUGGCCUCGGAGAGUUUCAUGGCCAAUGGCUUGUAUCCCAGCUUCUUUUGAUCUGAGGCAGCUGUGAGUUUUAUUCGAGGCUCGGCGAAGGGCGCAAUCGGUGGUUCGGCUGCACUGAGGCGAUCGUUGAGGAUUUCAACAGUCUCUCCUGGAUUUGCUCGAUCACUGAACGAUGUGGGCCUGGAUGCUGUUAGCAAGGCCGAUGCAGUUGGCGAGACGAAGUAACAUACGGUAGUCCAUUCAACGACUUGAGCUGCUCACUCAUACCUGUAGCUGGCGAGCUCAUCAGCCCCUUUGGCGUCUCCGUCUUUCUCUUAACAGUACUGCCACUCGCAGCACCCCUAUUCAACUUUGCCCCCGACGCUGGAGUGCUGGGAACAAGCCCAUCUAACAUCCCAAAAACAUCGCCGCCCUUUGCUGUGCCUCUCGGUGUGUUGGCUACCUUUCUCUCGGUCUUGACCUGAACUUUUCGAUGGCUGUUUUCGAGCUCAUCUUGGAUGCUCUGCUUGAGGUUCCUGAGAACUUCAAGACUAAGGGCCUGAGCAUCAAGAUCCAAUUUUAUACAAUACGACUCCCACUUGAAAAAGAGAUCCUCGGCCGAGAGGCCAUGAAGGCGCAUAAUGGAUUCCAGUUCGCUGAAGACAUCAGGCUCAAGCGGCUUGUUGGGGGAGAAUCGGCUUUCGAUUUCGUCCGCCAUCAUGGGCGAUAGUAAAAAUCAAACGCGGUUGUUUCGUAGCAACUCGAGAUUUCCGGCAAAGACAAAGGUCGUAUAUGGAUUAAAAAGAUGGUAUUGGUGAAGGUCAAAACGUCUGGAGGGGUCAGAUGUGGGCGCGACGAGACGCGUCGUAUCACAGGUAACUAAAUUCCAGACCGCGUUAAGUGGUCAGAAAUUAAUGGUACAGUGCUGCCAAUCAUGCACACGGUCAAUUUUCUAUAAAAUGGGCUGGCCAUAGUUAUCAUGAUCAGAACGACUAACUACUCCUAAACAAUAGGAAACAGACAGUCAAUGCAGGUAUAUCAAGGCUUAUAAAAGAAUGUACUUAAUUAAUCA